UUCGGGAGCGGAUGCGCCUGCUAUGCUUCAUGCUUCCUUCUUCGCCCCUCCUCAAAAUCUUUGGUCAUGGGGCUCUGGAUCUCGUUGCUCUCCGCCUUGAUCUCUUCUUUCCUGUCGUUGGUGUUCUUAUCGGUGGCAUCGGCUGUGAUUUUGGGACGGCGUAGGCGGCGGAAGGCGGUGGGGUUCUUCCAUCCCUACACCAACGACGGCGGCGGCGGGGAGAGGGUUUUAUGGUGCUCGGUCAAGGCAAUUCAGGAGGAUUAUCCUGAUCUAGACUGCGCUAUAUUCACCGGAGAUGAUGCCUCCCCUCAGAGUCUUGCUGGACGUGCCCUCGAUCGGUUUGGCGUCAGGCUUCUUCGUCCUCCUCAGGUUGUUCAUUUGUACCGAAGGAAGUGGGUUGAAGAACACACAUAUCCACGUUUUACUAUGAUUGGACAAAGCCUUGGCUCAGUGUACCUUUCAUGGGAAGCUUUAUGCAAAUUCACGCCUCAAGUCUAUUUUGAUACUAGCGGCUAUGCUUUUACAUAUCCACUUGCGCGGAUUUUUGGGUGCAAAGUUAUUUGCUACACUCAUUAUCCGACUAUCAGUUCAGACAUGGUUUCUCGUGUUCUUCAAUUCAACUCUAUGUACAACAAUGAUGCUUUAAUUGCCAACAGUGUUUUACUAUCACAGUGCAAAGUUGUCUAUUAUACAUUGUUUAGUUGGCUAUAUGGAUUGGUUGGAUCCUGUGCACAUCUUGCAAUGGUAAAUUCCUCAUGGACCAAAUCACAUAUAGAGAAGCUGUGGAGGAUCCCACAACACAUUAAAAGAGUUUACCCUCCCUGCGAUACUUCAUCACUUCAGAUGCUUCCAUUAGAAAGAUCAGUCGAGAAUCCUGUGUUUAUAUCUGUUGCCCAGUUUCGCCCAGAGAAGGCCCACACUCUUCAGCUGGAAGCAUUUGCACUCGUGAUCGAGAGACUAAAACAAGACUCAUCAUCGCCUAGACCUAAGCUCCAAUUCAUUGGCAGCUGUCGGAACAAGCAGGACGAAGCAAGAUUGCAGAAGCUCAAAGACAGAUCUAGAGAACUAAAUAUUGAUAACUAUGUGGAGUUCCACAGGGAUGUUAUGUAUAAGGACUUGGUCCGACUUCUGGGAGGUGCUGUUGCAGGGCUCCAUUCUAUGAUAGAUGAGCAUUUUGGAAUCGUUGUCGUAGAAUACAUGGCAGCUGGUGUGAUACCGAUCGCCAAUAAUUCAGCAGGCCCAAAGAUGGAUAUCGUUGUAGAAGAAGAUGGGAGACGGACCGGAUUUCUUGCCUCCGACAAAGAGGAAUAUGCCGAAGCAAUAAGUAAAGUGCUCAAGAUGCCCGAGCCCGAGAGGCUCGCAAUAGCCACUGCUGCUAGAGAGCGCGCUUCGAGAUUCUCAGAGGGGAAAUUCUUUGACGAAUUCAAGGCUGCAGUUCGAUCUAUCCUCACACUAAAAACUUCACCGAAAACUUCUUCCUAAACUCGAUUCACCUGCUUUUGUUGUAUUUCUCCAAUUUUGCACAGGAUUUUUUUUUCCCUCGGUUCUAGUUGGAUUGUUAGGUGACUAUCAGUUUACGUUCUUGUAUCAAUACUUGGUUUCGGGGAAGGGUUUAUUAGACGUAGUUUUAUCAUACUUGGUUUCGGGGAAGGGUUUAUUAGACGUAGUUUUAUCUUACCUUGUAAGAGGAUGUUUUAAUAACUUGCACUCAUGACAACUAGGUCAUAUGAUUACAAUUUCA